AUGCUUCAGGAUUUAAUAGCCACUCUCGCUUCCGGGGCCCAGAUGUACUGGGCCUCCAGCGGUGUCUGGAUGCGCGUGGUACUGACAGUGUCGGCGAUCUGGAUUUUCUGGCGGAUAUGGAGGUUUACAAUCCUACCACUUUUCCGGCCUAACGAACCAGUUGAGCUACCAUACUGGAUCCCCUGUAAGGCCCCCUAUGCUAAAAUGGUUGAAGAACUAUCGCUAACAAGCAGCAGACUUUGUUUGCUGACAUGCAUGAUGAUCAGGACAUGCGGAAAACGCUUCGGGACACUGGAACCGUUCAGCAUGAUCAUCGCCGGAGAUCGAUACUACGUCAUCACCUCGCCGGAAGACACUCGCCCGUUCUUCGCCGACGUGAAAGCUAUGACUACGGACGGAUUCCUCGACCGAGCACUACUAGCGUUUGGCUGUGCUCCUGAGCGCCUGCACACGCUGUGGCAGCGAAACACGCCCACCAAAGUCAACCCGAAGGGCAAGAAUCUCAUCCAUUUGACACAAGACUUGUUCAAGCACGACCUAGUUCCUGGACCGACACUUAAUGUGCUAUUGGAGAGAUACCAAGGGGCUCUCGAUGAACUACUAUCUUGGGACCGCCUAGUGGGCGCCUAUCCAUCGCUAGUUAGCACGCAGACAGAGGCCAUCUCGCUCUACGACAUCUGCGCAGACUUUAUUGCCAACGCCAACCAGAUCGUCCUGUUUGACCGGGCGCUUCUGGCCAUCGAUCCAGACAUGGCAGUCGAGAUGCGGACCUUCACAGAUGAGCUUUGGAAGCUCGUGCACCGGUCACGAUUAGUUGACACCACGGAAGUCACUCGAAUCCUGCGCCAGUAUAGCUCCGCAUUCAAGUCCUACCUGCAGCUGCCACCCGAGGCGCGCCCGAACGAAACGCCUGUGAUCCGUACUUUGCUAGAGACAUAUGCCGAGCUAGGAAUCCAUGAGGACGACCGUGCCGCCAUGCUGGUCAUGAUUUGCUGGGCCGGCGAUGCCAAUGCCUACAAAGCUGCGUACUGGGUCCUUGCAUAUAUUCUGUACGACCCCCAGCUGCGGGAAAUAAUACGUCAGGAAACAGCACCCGCGGUCGGGCCAGACGGCAAGCUGGACUGGCCUUAUCUCGCUAAGCGAUGCCCACGACUCUCGUCGAUCUAUCACGAGGUCCUGCGGUUGACCAAGCGCGAUGUCAUUGUUCGACAGGUCGUCCGUGACACUGCCCUCGCGGGUAAGCGGUUACGGAAAGACAGCAUUGCGGUGAUACCGACCUGUCAGCUACAUGAUAACCCCGACACAUACGGGGCAGAUGCCGCGUCCUUCAAUCCCGAUCGCUUUCUGAAACAGCCCGGCCUGGCGCAAACCACAUUUUUCCCGUAUGGUGGGGGACGCCACUACUGCCCGGGUCGCUACUUUGUGGAGAUGGAGAUUUAUGGUUUGGUGGCACUGAUGCUAAAUCGAUAUGAGAUGGACCUGGCCUGGGCAGCACCCUUCCCGCGGCGCGACGAAAGCCUGGUCACGUUGGGCAUUUCACGGCCGGUUCCGGGAGAUGAUCUUCAUGUUACAUUAAAUUGGAAGGAGGGGAACAAAAAUUAG